AGGCAGUGGGCUCCGAGUCAAAACUGGUAUGACCGCGGGCACUGGGUCAGACAUUGGAUCGUCUGACUGGACAGCGGGCAUCGGGUCACCAGGCAUCAAGUCAUUUGGCUUGACAGCGAGCACCGCGUCAUCUGGCAAGGCAGUGGGUUCCGAGUCAACUGGCAUGACCGCGGGCACUGGGGCAGACAUUGAAUCGUCUGGCUGGACAGCGGGCAUCGGGUCACCAGGCAUCAGGUCAUUUGGCUCGACAGCGGGCACCGCGUCAUCUGGCAAGGCAGUGGGCUCCGAGUCAACAGGCACGACAGUGGGCACCGGGUCAUCAGGUACCGGAUUGUCUGGCUCGACAGCGGGCAUCGGGGUCACCAGGCAUCAGGUAAUUUGAAUUGCCAGCGGGCACCGCGUCAUCUGGCAAGGCAGUGGGCACCGAGUCACCAGUUACGACAGCGGGCUCUGAGUCAAUUGGCACGACAGCGGGCACCGGAUCAGGUACCGAAUCAUCUGGAUCAACAGCGGGCAUCGAGUCAACUGGC